AUGAAGACUGCAGGUGCCUCGCAUGGGGCAGCCGCCCUGCACGGCACGGCAUUGGUGUCUGCGGUGCCAGCACGGCAGCAGGCGCAUGUGUGGGUGCUGGGGGGCGUGCUGGCGGGCGUGGUGUACCUGCACUGCCACGCCAUGGACCGCCCGCUGCUCGCCCUCACUGCCGACGUGCUCCUCGUCCUCACCACUGCCGCCGCCCUGCUCUCCCUCCUCUCCCGCGCUCUCAACCUCCCCCCUGUGCUGCGGGUGGCGCGCCCCUGGCGGGUGUCGGAGGCGGCGGCGGAGGCGGUGGUGGCGGCGGGGGCCAACAUGGUGGGGGCGGCGGAGGGCGUGCUGCGCGUGGCGGCCAGCGGCUCUGAUGGGCGCCUCUUCGUUAAGGUGCUGCUCUUCCUCUACAUCACAGCAGCCAUCGGUCGCAUCGCCUCCCUUGCCACCAUCAUCUUCGCCUGUGUUAUCAGCGCCUUCACAGUCUCCCUCCUACGUUCCCUUGCAUCCUCUGUUGCUGCUCUUGUCAACACCCGCACUCCAAUAUAA